AAAUCUGAAGGCACUGCUGCCAGAUGGGGCUUCCUGAAACCCUCUGAGACACAGCCACUGUUGUAUGACUGCCCCAUGAUGAGACAUUCCUGUCUUAUCUCCCUUAUCAGCAAAGGAGACAGAGCAGGAACAUACCAUCAUUUUUAACGCUCUUCACAUCUGAUCACAGAAUCACCGAAUGGCCUGGGUUGAAAAGGACCUCAAAAAUCAUGUAGUUUCAACCCUGCCACAGGAAGGGUCACCAACCACUGGACCAGGUGAGAAUAGAUACAAACGCCUACCAUCUCCCUACACACACCAAGCCAAAGCCCAUUGAUUUUCCACUCGGUAAUAGCACCACUCAGGAGCUCUGUGGCCAAACAUGAGAAGGGAGAAGCAUGGAGAUAAAAAGGGAUUGUUGUGAGUGAUGUGAGCAGUGGAGUUAUGAGUAAAGCCGGGAAGAGUGGGAUGAGAUUUGGAACAGGAAAAAAAGAUGGAGCGAAGGAAUUAGUGCUAAGGGAAGUUAUGGUCUCUUUCAGAACAAAGGGGGAAAACGUGAUUGUAGAUUUUAUUCUUUUUUCACACAGUGGUGGGGGAAAAAAAAUAAAGUGUAAGAAGGGUCUGUAUAAGAACCAGAGCGUGAGGCAUAAAAGACAGCAGACUCGAUGGAAGGUGCAGAGGGUGCCCAACAGGUGGCUGCAGCCAGAUGCAGAUUAAUGGACAUCUGAACACACUUGAAAGCACCCGUGAAGAUCUUCUCUAUGUCUCCAUAACCACAGAGAGAAAAGCACUGCAGAACAAACUUCAGGCAGCAGCAGCAGCCACGGAUAUGGCUUUUUCCAUCCUCAAGAACCGCAUCUCUUGAUUUGGUCCAGAGAAGGAUCCGUGCGUGUCGUUCAAGGGAGCGUUAUAAAUAAACGAAAGGCACGCCGAAAUGCUUUCCCUUAGUGAGGUACGUCGGGUGGGGAAGAUACAGCCGGACUACCGCGCAGUGAAAGCCGGUGCGGCCCCAGGCGGUGCGGGGCGCUGCGGCGGGCAGGGAUGCGCGCACCGCACGUGUUGGCUGCGGCGCCCGGCGGGAGGCAGGGGGCGAUGCUGCUGUGUUUUUCCUGAGUGGAGCAGCUCCGGGAUCCGGGCGAGGAGCAGCCUUUAGAAAACAGAUCUCGGGUUGGGCCGGGCCUCGGGCACAAAUCCGAGCGUCGAAGCACCCGCACGGCUGAGAGAUGGCGGUGCGGCCCCUCCGCCUCCGGUUCUUUCAGGAAGAAAAAGAACGCGCAAAACGAAAGCGGUGGUAAACGAUGCUCCAUCAGGACGGCGUUUGGUAGCAGCCGCUCUGCCCUGCAUUUAGCUGACAUUCAGCUUUGACAACGCUCAGUCGGAGGCGCUGCAGAAAGUUUGCUCUGUUGGAUCUUCACCACUGAGACCCAGAAUGUACUGGUGCGUGGGGACGGAGGAAUCUGCUGUUUCCAGAGAGAGCAACAUGGAUCCACAGCACGGAACUGUGGGCAUGGGGGGCAAACAGUCCACGGUUGGCGAAGUCUCCAUAACUCAGACACCUGUGACAGAAAGCAUUCAGGCUGCUUACAAAGCUGGAGACGCCGCUAAAGCCCAAGAGUUGAUUAGGUUGUCGUGUGAGGAGACUGCACUGCAGGUGGAAAAGUGUCAGCUUUUAGGUAUUGCAGCAGCAUAUGGAGAUCUACAGGCAGUGAGGUAUUUACUGAAGGAAGCACUAGUGGUGUUACCAACUGAACCUAAUGAUGACAACGCAGCUGUGGUGGCCACCUAUUUUGGACAUAAGGAUGUUGUGAAAGAACUGCUGGAUUCCCUGCGUGGUCCCAAUACUUGCCAACAGCUCCUGAACUGGAUGCUGGCCAUCGCCUGCCAGCAGGGACAUUUGGACAUAGUGAAACUCCUGAUUCGUGCAUACAGUGCUGACCCCGAGAGCUGUGCAGUCAGGAGGAAUGAGUUUCCAGUUCUUAUACGGCUGCCUCUGUAUGCUGCUAUAAAGGCAGGGAAUGAAGAUGUAGCUGUGUUCUUACUGCGGAACGGGGCUUUCUUUUGUUCCUACAUCCUGAUGGACAGCCCUGAAUCCAGCAAGCACCUUCUGAGGAAGUACUUCAUCGAGACCAGCCCGCUACCAGGUAGUGCUCCAGCAAAAACAGCUUUGUGCGUGAACUGGUCAAACCUCAAACUGCCCUGGGUGGAUCUGGACUGGCUGAUUGAUAUCUCCUGUCAGAUAACAGAGCUGGAUCUGUCUGCCAACUGCCUCGUCUCCCUUCCAUCCGUGGUCCCAUGGGGCCUGAUGAACCUGAGGAAGCUCAGCCUGGCUGACAAUCAGCUGGCAGAGUUACCCAGCGUACAGUCAUCCGAUGAGAUUAUAUGUACAAGGCUACUUGAGGUCGAUGUAUCCAGCAACAAGCUUUCUACUCUCCCUUCAGGAUUCCUACAUCUUAAAAACCUUAAAAAGCUCAACGCUGCCAAAAACUAUAUGGAGAAGUUAUUUGACGAGGAAAACACAACUAAUUGGAUUGGCUUAAGGAAGCUGCAGGAGUUUGACGUCUCUGACAACAGGUUGGUGGAACUUCCAACGGUUUUUCUAUACUGCUUCAAGUCCCUAAACAUACUGAAUGUUUCCCGAAAUCAGCUGAAAGUGUUUCCAGACCCCUGGGCCUGCCCCUUGAAAUGUUGCAAAGCAUCCAGAAACUUGCUGGAAUCCCUACCUGACACAUUCACUGUUUUCUGGAAAAAUCACCUCAGAGAAGUGGAUUUUUCUGAGAAUUCACUGAAAGAAGUUCCACCAGGGCUCUUUCAGCUUGAAGCUUUGGUGUCCCUGAAGUUGCUGGGAAAUCACUUAACCACGUUACCUUCGCAAGAUAAGUGGAAUUGCAAGCAGCUUAAAUCACUGGAUCUUUCAAAAAACCAGCUUGGGAAAGUCACGUUGUUGGGUUGCCUUGUCAGGAACACUCUGCUGAGAGCAGGGAGCGGCAGCAGGAAUGACGAGGGAUAUAAAACCAAGCGGAUUCCCUUUUUUGCAACGAGGAGCAGGGUGCGUGGAGGCCCAGAGGCAGGUCCUUUUGUGGAGUUCCCAGCAUUUCUGAGCGAUUCUCUGGAAGUCCUUUAUCUGAAUGACAAUCAGCUGGAGUCCAUCCCGCAGUCCGUUUGCCUUCUGAAAGGUUUAACAGAACUCUAUUUGGGAAAUAACCCUGGUAUCCGAGAGCUUCCUCCAGAACUUGGACAGCUGGCUAAUCUCUGGCAGCUGGAUAUCGAGGAACUGAGUAUCAGCAAUGUUCCUGCAGAGAUCAGAAAGGAGGGUCCCAAAACAGUGCUGGCGUACCUACGAGCACAGCUGCGCAAAGCAGAGAAGUGUAAGCUGAUGAAGAUGAUCGUCAUUGGUCCUCCACGGCAGGGAAAGUCAACUCUGAUAGAGAUCCUCCAGACAGGAAAAGUCCCACAGAUGAUGCACAGUGAUGCCACCAUACGUACAACAAAAUGGGAGCUACCCAAGCCAGUGGGACACAAGGCAAAGGUUGAUUCAGUGGAGUUCAAUGUCUGGGAUAUCGGAGGCCCAGCGAGCAUGUCUACAGUCAAUCAGUGUUUCUUCACAGACAAAGCAUUGUACAUAGUUGUAUGGAACUUGGCGCUGGGGGAAGAAGCUGUGGCAAACUUACAGUUCUGGUUGCUGAACAUUGAGGCCAAAGCUCCAAAUUCAGCAGUGUUAGUGGUAGGAACACACCUUGAUUUAAUUGAAACCAAAUUCCGUGUUGAGAGGAUAGCAACGCUGAGGGCUUACGUCCUGGCUCUCUGUCGCUCUCCCUCUGGAUCCAGAGCAACUGGUUUCCCAGAUAUCACAUUCAAGCACCUGCAUGAGCUCUCAUGUAAGACUUUGGAAGGCCUCGAUGGACUCCGACAGCUGAUUUUCCAUGUCACUUGCAACAUGAAGGACGUUGGCAGCUCAAUUUGCUCCCAGAAACUUGCUGGGAGAUUGAUUCCAAGGAGUUACCUUAGUCUUCAAGAAGCCGUCCUUGCAGAACAGUAUAAAAGAAGUCAGAAUGAUGAUGUGCAGUAUUUAACAGACAGACAGAUAGAGCUGAUCAUUGAGCAAACCCCUGGAAAUGAUAUCAAAGAUUAUGAGGACUUGCAGACUGCGAUUAAUUUCCUCAUAGAAACAGGUACACUACUCCAUUUCCCAGACACAAGCCAUGGCCUGAGAAAUCUCUACUUCCUUGACCCCGUCUGGCUCUCCGAAUGUCUGCAGAGGAUUUUCAACAUCAAGAGCUCCAAGUCUGUAGCUAAAAAUGGAGUCAUCAGAGCAGAGGAUCUCAGGAUGCUGCUAGUUGGGACGGGCUUCACUGAACAAACUGAAGAGCAGUACUUCCAGUUCUUGGCCAAGUUUGAAAUCGCCCUGCCGGUAGCCAAUAACAGCUACCUCCUCCCUCAUCUGCUUCCUACCAAGCCAGCGUUAGAUAUCCACGGGUUCUGCCACCAGACCACAAAUACCAUCCAGAGGGUCUUCAAGAUGAGUUUUGUCCCAGUUGGUUUCUGGCAAAGAUUCAUUGCACGAAUGUUAAUUAGCCUGGCAGAGAUGGACCUCCAGCUGUUUGAAAACAAGAAGAACACCAAGACAAGAAACAAAAAGGUGACCAUCUACAGCUUCACAGGCACCCAAAGAAACCGCUGCAGCACGUUCCGAGUCAAAAGGACUCACACUGUUUACUGGCAGGAAGGUCUGUUCGUUACCUUUGAUGGAGGCUAUCUUAGUGUUGAGUCUUCUGAUGUCAACUGGAAAAAGAAAAAAAGUGGGGGAAUUAAAAUCAUUUGCCAGUCAGAAGCAAGAGACUUUUCAGCCAUGGCGUUCAUCACAGAUCAUGUCAACUCUUUGAUAGACCAGUGGUUUCCUGCACUCACAGCCACUGAGAGUGACGGUACGUUGCUGAUGGAGCAGUAUGUGCCCUGCCACAUCUGUGCUGCUUCCAGGCUGGAGGACGAGUGUGGUGAGAGGGCAGAGGAUGCUCAGUACUUCAACAUGGAGGACUGCGUCCUGACUGCCAUCGAACUGGACUACAUCACGUGCCCUAACCACCCCGACAUCCCUGUUUCUCUCCAAGAGCUGGUCCCAGAGCUCUUCAUGACAGAUUUUCCUGCCAGAUUGUUCUUGGAAAACAGCAAACUGGAAUGGAGUGAAAAUGAAAACAACGUUCUUGGCCAGGGUGGAAGUGGAACUGUUAUAUAUCGGGCACGAUACCAAGGAAAACCAGUGGCUGUGAAGAGAUUUCAGAUCAAAAAAUGCAGUGGUUCUCCCACAUCAGCUGCAGAUACCAUGCUGAAACACCUGAGAGCCAUGGAUGCCAUGAAGAACUUCUCUGAGUUCCGCCAGGAGGCCAGCAUGCUCCACUCGCUGCAGCACCCCUGCAUUGUCUCCCUCAUUGGCAUCAGCAUCCAUCCACUCUGCUUUGCACUGGAGCUGGCCCCUCUGGGCAGCCUCACCACUGUCUUAUCUGAAAACUCCAAAGGGUCUUCCUUUGUGCCGCUGGGACACAUGCUGACACACAAAAUAGCGUAUCAGAUUGUGACUGGCCUCGCCUACCUGCAUAAGAAGAACAUCAUCUUUUGUGACCUGAAGUCAGACAAUAUCUUGGUGUGGUCCUUGGAUGUCAAGGAGCACAUCAAUAUCAAGCUGUCUGACUAUGGGAUCUCUCGGCAGUCGUUCCAUGAAGGAGCACUCGGGGUGGAAGGCACACCAGGCUAUCAAGCCCCUGAGAUCCGGCCUCGCAUAGUCUAUGAUGAGAAGGUUGACAUGUUCUCCUAUGGAAUGGUGCUGUAUGAGCUGCUGUCCGGUCAGCGGCCUGUGCUGGGACAGCAUCAACUGCAGAUAGCAAAGAAGCUGUCAAAAGGGAUCCGUCCUGUUCUUGGUCAGCCGGAGGAGGUGCAGCUGUAUAGGAUGCAGGCACUCAUGAUGGAGUGCUGGGACACUAAGCCAGAAAAGCGUCCGCUGGCCAUUUCUGUGGUAGGACAGAUGAAAGAUCCCACCUUUGCAACAUUCAUGUACCUGCUGCCCUGUGGGAAGCAGUCUUCUUUCUUCUGCUCCCAAGGACAGGAAUACACUGUGGUUUUCUGGGAUGGGAAGGAAAAUACCAGAAACUACACUGUGGUGAAUCCAGAAAAAGGGGUGAUAGAAGUGGAGAGGAUGAGCUGCCCCGGAAUGAAGCUGUGCUGCCAAUUGAAAUUUCAGAAUGCCCUCUGGGCUGCCACGGAGGACCAGAAGAUUUCAGUGUACAGGCUGCAGGGCAUGUGUCCUCUGAAGGCCCCGCAGAAGAGUUUGGACUCUCCUGCUGCUGUCAGCUGCUUCCUGGUGAUUCCUGUUGUCAAAAAGAACUCGUACAUGGUGCUGGCCGGUCUGUCGGAUGGACUCGUAGCAGUGUUCUCAGUGGCCCAGGGCAUCCCAGCAGACAGCUGCUCCUACCUGUGCUCCCACACAGCCAACAGGUCGAAAUUCAACAUUCCCGAUGAUGACCCACGGCAGAACCCGUACCCGGUGAGGGCCAUGGAGAUCACCAACAGCGGCACGGAGGUGUGGUACAGCAACGGGCCCGGCGUCCUCGUCAUCGACUGCGCCGUGAUGGAGAUCAGCAGGAGGCUGGAGCCCUUCAGCCCGCCGUCUGCCAUCUCAUCCAUUGCCUGCAACUCGGAGUGCCACGGGGAGGAGGUGGUGUGGUGUCUGGACGAGAAGAGUAACUUCUUGGUGAUGUACCACGCCGCCACCUACCAGCUCUGUGCACGCUACUUCUGCGGGGACUGCAGCCCUCUCAGAGACAUGUUUGCCAUCCAGCAGCCUGCCCCAGCCAUUCCUGCUACUGCUCCUGUCAACCCCGGAGCGCUGGAGGGGAACUUGCUGGAGGACAUGAGCAUCAUCUACAGCCCCGAGGUUGGCACCCAGAUCCUCAACCACCAGGACUCGCUCACGGAUUAUUGCUCCGUGUCCUCCUACUCCUCCUCACCUCCCAACAGGUUAACCCGCUGCCCCUCCAGCCUGCCCAGCUCACCCACCAGCUCUUCCAGUGCUCCACUCUCCACAGAUUUCGAGGAGUCGGGCAAAUUUCAUGAACUGAAGCCUUCCCCGGAUCACGAUGCUGUGCCUACGGGUGACAACUCGCAGCAUCUGCAAGCCAUCAAGAUUCUGCCUGUUAAAGACCUCAUAUGGAUCCCCAGGAGAGGAGGGGAUAUCAUCGUGAUUGGACUGGAGAAGGAAUCGGGCAUGCAGCGGGGCAGAGUGAUCGCCGUGCUGAAGGCCGGGGAGCUGGCUCCCUAUGGGACGCUGGUGGAUGCUGCUCUCGUAGCAAAGGACAUGGUUGUGUGCUGCUUUCAGAAUGAAAACACUGAGUGGUGCCUGGCUGUCUGGAGGGGCUGGAGUGCCAGAGACUUUGACGUUUUCUACCAGGCCUACGAAGAGCUGGGACGGCUUGAAACUUGCAUGAGGAAGAGGAGGUAGUGCUUGUGGCACUGGAAACCGAGGGCUGAUGGAAGAGGGAAGCAUCCUCCCCUGAGCAUACAGCCCCACACGGGGAGGGGAUGGGGUGCACAGGGUACCACUGUUUUGCUGCUAAAGAGCUCCAUGGGGUUUUGGCAGCAGAACCCAGCAGGGCUUUGGGGACAGCCCAGCAGGGGCAGGAUAUGGGUGCUCGGCGCUCUCCCUGCAGCUGAGAACAGGAGGUGGCUGCAGCUCCGGGAGUGAGCGAGCUAUUGAAUUGCACUCCUGCAAAGUCAGUUGUAAAAUAGAGCUGAUACAAAGCAAAGCCACUUGGGCUGACAGCUACUUCCUGAUGGGAGAGAAGGGAGAGCUCUGUGACCAGGGAAGCCCAUAAGCUGCCUUUGUUUUUCUCCUCUUUCUCUUGGUAACUACACUCUGGAGUAGCAGGAGCACAAUAAGCUUCAUUUGCCUGUGUAUCUGCUCAGCUUCCGCCGCUGCAGCUUUUAGUUUGUCUUCAUUAGUGGCCUAGGAUGUUUUAUUGGCUCUGAGUUGCACUUCCUAAUUCUGAGCAUGUACAGCGUUGUAAAAGGAGCCUGGCUCCGUGCCCUGUGUAAAGGUGUACAGUUUGGACAUUUUUUGUUUUUCUAUUCCAAGAAACUUGUGUGAGCAUCGGCUGCGUGGGCCGAGGUCUGGUUCACAUCCCUGUUGCAGGCUGCUACAACACACUUUGUCUCUGAAGAGGGGUAUCUUCAAAUAAACAGAUUCCUCCCCACCUUGGCACCGUGACACAGGCAUUUGUGGUGGGCAAUCUGCUGCAGGGGUUCAGGUUUGCAGCACAUGAUUCUGAUGCCUGGCACCUGGUGGUGACUUCCAGCUUCAUCUGGUUGUGUGUAUUGUUUGCAAAACCACUGCUGGGAAGAGCCACAGUGGCUCUGCAUUGCCCUGAGCACCCUGGGCACAGCUUUAUGUUCUGCACCCCAGGCUGGCCUUUGCCCCGCAACUCCAGCCCCAACCUCAGCAUCACCUCAUUGGGCACAAAGCCGCCUUUGUCCUGCUGUUACUGAACGUGAGCACCGCCGCCUGCCCCAGACACAUCGUAAAGUGGCUGCUCUGGAAGUCCUGCUGCCAGGAAAAAAGGGAGCUGAGGGGCUGGAGCUGCUGGGAGAGCUGAUGCUGCUGGGAGCGAGCGCGUCCCAGUGGGCGGCAGUGGGCUGGGAGUGUGGGAUUAGAGCCUGAAAUCUGCUUCUCAGCAGUCUUGUUCCCAUAACCCCGGUGUCUGGCUGCUGCUGGAGCUUGCUGUGGACACUUGACCUUCCUGUGGGCGACUCAGUGCAGUUUUGGGACUUAAAAGUGUAUUUUCAGCUGAAGGUGGCACUGAGGAUCUUCUCAGCCUUUUUUUAAGGGGGAGACCCUAAAACAGGAGGCAGCAGCACCCAGCUGGGCUGUAUGCUGGGCACAGGACUGCAGCACCUGCACUGCAGAACAGAACCAAAGGAAACCACGAUGGAGUGAAUGGGAUUGGAAGGUGCUGUCACCUGUGUCCAUGGAGCAAAGAGUUCUGUCAGGGGGUGUCUCAACUGGGAUGGGGAAGGGGAAAGGAUAGGAACAUGGAUGGGAUGAGAAGGGAAUGGGGAUGAGAUGAGGAUGGUAGCAGGAAGGGAGUGGUGAUAGACUGGUGAUGGGAAUAGACUUGAAGGAUGGAGAAGUGAAUGGAGAUGGAAUGGAGAAGGGGAAAUGGGAAGAGGAUGGAAAAGGGAAUGGAAAUAGGAUGGAGAUGAGGAAGGGGAUGAGGGAUGAGGGUUGGGGAAGGAAUCCUGUGGCUGCUGCCCUCCUGUCCAGCCCUGCGGAGCUGCCUGGGGCCCAUCUCGUGCUGCUGAGAUGCCCCAAAUGCCACCUGCAGAGCCAAGGCCACUGCAGCCACCAGCCAUUAUCUCCUGUUUGCUUUGUGUGUUUGCUUUAUCGGGGCAUCACUCAGAUGACUUAAACUGUGCCCUUUGUAGGAGCCUUCUUGAAAUGUCAACAAAGGACAGAGGAGUGGCUCUGAUUUUUCCUUUUGUCUUUGUUCUCCAAGGAGACAGAGAAGCAGAGCAGGCCUGGCCAAGCUCCCUGCACUGGGACCCCUGCUUGCUGGAAACUGGAGCUGAUUCAGGGCAAUUAAAGCCGAGGGUUUUAUUGAAUUAAAGUGUGAAGGCAAAUGCAGCCAGCCUGCUAGGCAGCCCCUUCUUUUCUUGAAGCUAAUUCCAUCUUAUUUUUUCACCCUGCUCAUAGCCAUGCCUCAUGGCGGGGGCUCGCUGCCCAUCUGCCCAUGGCAAAGUGCUGUGAGACGUUUCCAAACAGCUCUCGUGGGCAAAUGCUCGUGACUUCUGCACUAAUUCACAACUCAGAUGUUAGUUAUGAGUAUAGUUAGAGAUAUUAACCUCUCCCUGCACCAAACAUGUGUGGUAAGUUAGGAGCAAAGCGUUCCAGCAGUGGUGUCCAUGAAAAGUUGGGUCAGCACCUGAGAGCCGACGACUUCCACCUGCUCAGCCUCCCUCACUCGGGCAGCAAAAUUACUUUUUUCAGCAUAAAAUGGUUUUUGUAAGGUUAGAAUUUAUCAUAGACGGCUGUAAUUGAAAACUGACCUUUUAAAUGAUUACUUUGAAGCUGUGAGUCCACAAACGAUGCGCUCAAUGAAGACGUGGGGCCUCGAAAGCUGACUCCAGCCUGGGUGUAAACCUCACUUUUAGUGCCCCUCUGGCCAAUGUGGGAACCAAAGCUGAACUGCAGCAACCGAACAAAACCCCAGCACCAGAUGGGGGCUUUUUGUUCAAGGGCUUUUUCCGCUUAACGCGCUUUCUGCUUUUACAGGCUGAAUAAAACCUGACAUAAUCAUCAACUUUAAUAAACACAGCGUGCAUUUUACAUGUACAGGCAUGCCUGCAGACAUCUAUCCAUGGUUGGAUGAGGUGAUCUUAGUGGCCUUUUCAAACCUGAAUGAUUCUGUGCUCUCUAGGAGCUGCAAAACCAGUGGAAAAAGGAUCAAAAAGCACUGGGGAAGGCAUCAGACCCAGCAGUGGUGGCUCCCACCCACCCCAAAGCUAAGCCCAAGGCUCACCCCACACCAGAUCCCUGCAGCAUCCCCCCCCUCCCCGCGUCCACGCUGGUGAACAGGGACAAACUGAGGUAGACGACAGCAGGAGCUACGAUUGCAAAUAAAAAAAAAAACAAAACCUUUAUUGCAUCUUAGAAGCAAGUCUUUUAAAAAAAAAAAAGAAAAAUUCCAUGCACUGAAUCCAUCCAAGUACCUACAUCCUUGGGACUGUCACCAAAAAACGAUGAACAUCUAAAAGACACUGACUCUACGCUAACUGCAGUUCAUAUUCCAUACACGUGUAAACAAUGGUUAUUUUUUUCUACCAGAAUAGCAAUUGCUCCAUAAGAUCCCCUCCAACGUGGCAACAACCUUAGCACUGGUUUCUCUCCUUUCUUUCGCUAUUCUCCACUUCCCAAAGAGUAGGCAAAGUGGGACUGAGAACAAUGAGACAAAAUGGUGCUGGAGGAUACGAUAGAAAAAUAUAUUGUUCGCUGGUUUUUAUUGUUUGUUUCUGCUGAGCAAGAUAUUUACAGGUAGGUGGGUCCCGAUACAUCACCUGCUUCAAUGACAACGGCCAUUCACUGCGUAAGUCUCAGUGUAAAGGGUUCCCUUUCUGGCUUUAAGGCACUUUAUUUUGUAUGUAUGCUCUAACCUUGCUAGGUGUUCCUUCGUAGGGGUCGUCCUUUCCUUGUACUCAGCCUCCCCCAUCCGCAGUUCCUCUCCAAAUACCACAAAGACUCCUCACUUUUCUGACAUCGUUCCAAAAAAUGUUAAAGAAAUUUAGGGGGUAAAAAAAAAAAAAAAAAAAUCCAUUAAAAAAAAAAAACAAAACAUUUUAGAAAGUAAUCUUUGGAGAUCAUUUGCUGCAAUACGAUGUACACUACCUUAUCAGUGAGAAGAUGCAAUACAUUCCUAAUAUAUAUAUAUAUAUAUAUAUAUUUACACACACAUAUAUAUAUAUAUAAAAUAUUAAAAUGACUAACAGAUAUUCAAGGAAAAGUCAAGAACCUAAAACAAUGGAUAUUAAAUAAAUUAAAGGUCUAUCAGAUACAGGAAAAAAAUAAAAACGAAAAAAAAAAGCCAA